AAAAAUAUUCAGAAGUAAUAUUUUCAUCUAGCCAAAGAAGUAUGACAUCAAUGAUGUGAACAUUCUAAUUUAACAUGAAAUUUCUUCGUGUUAUCAGACCAAUAGGAUAUGAUUUCUUGAAAACAUUGGGUAGCAAUUUACUUACUUAUCAAAAAAUUCGAUUUUAUUCGGAUAUGACUAGACCAAUAAAGUAUUUAAAUGUAGCUGAAAAAAAUGAUGCAGCAAAAAACAUCGCUUUGCAUCUUUCACGAGGAACGAGUAGAAGAAGAGAAGGCUUGUCUCAGUACAAUAAAAUUUAUGAAUUUGAAGCAGAAGUUAUGGGUCAGAAUUGUGAAAUGGUGAUGACUUCUGUGUCUGGACACCUUUUAGGGCUUGAGUUUGUCAGUUCCUAUAAGAGUUGGCAGUCUUGUAACCCACUGACCCUAUUUGAAGCACCGGUUUUUAAAUAUUGUCCAGAAAAUUAUGAAAAAAUUAAGAGGACCUUAGAGAGAGAAAUCCGGUCCUGUCAGGGCCUCAUCAUAUGGACCGAUUGUGAUAGAGAAGGAGAAAACAUUGGGUUUGAAAUUAUUGAAGUCUGCACAGCUAUCAAGAACAAUUUGAGAAUUUUUCGAGCAAAGUUUUCUGAAAUCACUGCAGUGUCGGCGAGAAGAGCUCUUCAUAACUUGGAACAACCAAACAAGAAUAUCAGUGAUGCUGUAGAUGUUAGGCAGGAGCUGGAUUUGAGGAUAGGAGCUGCUUUUACUAGAUUUCAAACACUAAGGUUACAAAAAGUAUUUCCGAGGAAACUUGCUGACAACUUGGUCAGCUACGGGUCCUGUCAGUUUCCUACUCUGGGGUUUGUGGUGGAGAGGUACAGGGCUGUGGAGAGUUUUGUGCCAGAGACAUUUUGGAAAAUUAAGGUAAAUCAUACAAUGAACAAUCUGAGUGUUGAUUUUGCGUGGGAUCGCGUGAGACUAUUUGACCAGCAAGCAUGCCAGGUGCUACAUGACAUAUGCACUGAAAAUCCCACGGCUACUGUUACAAAUGUGAAGACAAAACCCAAGUCUAAGUGGAGACCGCUGCCUUUGGACACAGUGGAACUAGAAAAACUAGCUUCAAGAAAACUUAAAAUAAAUGCAAAGGAAACAAUGAAAUUGGCAGAGAAGUUGUAUACCCAGGGGUUCAUAAGUUACCCUCGUACGGAGACAAAUGAGUUUCCCAAAGAGAUGAACUUGAGGCAGCUGGUGGAACACCACACCGGUGAUCCCAACUGGGGCGAGUUUGCUCAGAGAAUACUAGAUAAUGGUGGGCCUAGACCGCGGCAAGGGAACAAAAGUGAUAAAGCCCAUCCACCCAUACAUCCUACGAAGUAUAGCAACAAUCUCUCAGGCAAUGAGCAAAGGCUUUACGAGUUCAUAGUGCGAUCGUUCCUCGCGUGUUGCAGCGCGGACGCUCAGGGCCAGGAGACAGUGGUGACCACCGACAUUGCUGGUGAGGGCUUCAGCGCCAGCGGACUGAUGAUCACAGAGAGGAAUUACCUAGAUGUAUACCCGUAUGACAGGUGGUCGGCCAAGGAAAUACAUGUUUAUGAGACAGGCCAAAGUUUCGAGCCUACAAGUAUCGACCUUGUAGAUGGCAGCACCUCCCCGCCAAACUUGCUCACUGAAGCUGAUCUCAUCGCUCUCAUGGAGAAACAUGGCAUAGGUACCGACGCAACUCACGCAGAACACAUAGAGACAAUCAAGAAUCGAUCGUACGUAGCUCUAGCGGACGCGAUACAUUUUGUACCCGGGUUAUUGGGUAUGGGCCUAGUAGAGGGCUAUGACGCUAUGGGCCUUACUAUAUCUAAACCGCAUCUACGAGCACAGUUGGAAGCGGAUUUGAAGGCGAUUUGUGAGGGCAGAAAACAACCGGCACAGGUUUUGGCUGAACAAAUAGCGAUAUACAAGGAAGUGUACAUUAAAGUGACGGCCGAGGCUCAGAAGAUAGACGCGGCGUUGGCGGAGCGGCUCAGCGAGCGGCCGGCCGAGUACACGCCCAGUGUAGAGAACAUGCCCAGCAUGCCUGCCGUGUUGAUGUGUCCGAAGUGCAGUGCGGACAUGGUGGCGAGACAGAAGAAGAGCAACGCGGACGAGUGGUACAUAUCGUGUACUUCGUUCCCGAAGUGCAAAAACGCCAUCUGGUUCCAACAGUCCAUUGUUAAGAGCAUACAAGUUUUGACCGAAACUUGUGCCACGUGUGGGCCAAACUACAAAAAAGUCAAAUUUGAAUGGCGCAACAACAGCUUAAGUCACAUGUAUCCACCGCCUUACGUCGCUUGUAUCGGAGGAUGUGAUACGACGUUUCUAGAAUACCUAAACAUAAACCUAAGUUCUGUAAAAAAUAUACCUAGAACACAAGACUCGCAAUCAAAUGGAACUAGCAGUACAAAUACGACGAUUGAAAUUAAUAAUUUUCCAAAUUCAAAUUCUACUAUUAUUCGAAAUACAUAUAGUUCCAGCAUUCCAAACUCAAAUUCCAGUGCUCGAAAUACAAAUAAUGUUCGUAACACGAAUCCGGCAAGUGUUCGAAACACAAAUCCGGCAGAUGUUGGAAAUACAAAUCCGGCAAGUGUUCGAAAUACAAAUCCGGCAGCUGUCCGAAAUACGAAUACCAACAUGCCAGUGCCAAGAGCGAAUCCAGUCAACAGAAUGCCAACACCUAGCUCGUCGAAUGAUGACAAUAAUGUCACCUGUGGCUGUAACAAAACCGCCAUUUUGUUGACCGUUAGAAAAGAAAAUGAGAACUUUGGUAAGAAGUUCUACAGAUGUCCAUUAGGCUUGGCCAAUGGUGGGUGCGAUUUUUUCCUCUGGGCUCCCGAGUCAGCAAGUACCGUUCAACAGACACCUAACUUCGAGACACCACCCGCUACCAACUCACGACCAAACUCACAAACAUCCGAACAUACAAGAGGAUGGGGAUUGGCUCCCAGCCACACGGAAAAUUUCCCGCCAAACGAUGAUAAUGUCAUGUGUGAAUGUAGGCAGCCCUGCAGAAAAAUAACUGUUCAAAAGGAGGGACCAAACAAAGGACGGCUGUUCUACGGAUGCCCCAAACCGUUUAAUCAACGCUGUAAUUUUUUUCAAUGGGCUAAUAGCGAAAACAGUUCAGGUGCAAGUUGGGGUAGCGGAGAACAAACGGGGGGCGGUUACCGGGGCGGUGGGGGCGGUUCGCGGGGCGGUGGGGGCGGUUCGCGGGGCGGUAGGGGCGGUUCGCGGGGCGGUGGUGGUGGUUCCCGGGGCGGUGCAAGACGCUGCACCAUCUGCAAACAAGCGGGGCACACGAGGGUGCGGUGUCCUAACCAAUAACGGAUCCGGAAUGAAUAAGUGCCUAUACUUGUCUACUCAAGAGUUGCAGGUAGAUAUAAAUAUCACAUGUGUAUAGUUUGAAUACAUAUGAAUGGAUUCAAAUCCGGAUUAACUAUAAUUCCUAUUUAUAGCCAAUAUUAUUUUUUGUUGAAUGAAAUAAUAAUUUAGUGUAAAAAUUACUCAUGGUUUAAAAAUUUUGUGCAUAAUACUCAGGAUAAAAUUUGGCACAGUUACUUUGUUCCAUAUCCCUAAUAGCUAAGUUGAUUGUGAUAAAAUCUUGUAAAUAUAUUGCCUAUAAG